GAACCUGUACCAAGGGAAGCAGCAGUUAUUACUGGAAGUAUGAUGAUGGAUCUAACAGCUUGGGGGAUUGUGAUAGAACCGGCUGCUCUCCUUCCAUAAAUCUGGGAAGGCAAAUGACUUCAGAUAUCUCCUCUUCAAGAACUGAUGAGGGAAAUAUUUUUACAGCCACAUGUAAUACAGGGUAUGCAUUCUUCAGAAGUUCAGGAGGUUCAUUUACUACCUCCAAAACUAAAGUUGGAACCUGUACCAAGGGAAGCAGCAGUUAUUACUGGAAGUAUGAUGAUGGAUCUAACAGCUUGGGGGAUUGUGAUACUGAAAACUGUCCCUCACCUCUACCUCUUGGUCAAGAAAUGACUUCUGAUUUCACUUCUACACUCUUUAGAAGUCAGUUUACAGCAACAUGCAAUACCGGAUUUGCAUUCUUCAGAAGCUCUGGUGGAAAUACAUUUACAGCUUCUACAACUAAAACUGUGACAUGUAACUAUAGGUCCUCCUCCUCUACCACUUUAUGGGAAUAUGAUGACAAUACCAGUAGUUUAGAUAACUGUAUAGAAUACUGUUCUUCUCCAAUUCCCACAACACCUGGACUAUCUACACUGACUAAUUCUCUGGGUAAUGGGAAAAAUAUAGUUGGUCAAGUACUAACCUAUACUUGUAAUACUGGAUAUGAGUUCAAGACUGCAAUUCCUGCCAGCUCAACUAGUCAAGAUCCAGUACUUACAAAUGUGAUCAAAUCAACCUGUACUAGUUCUGGAAGCGUAAUUCGACAAUGGGUUUUAGACUACAGCCCAUUGCCAGCAACUUGUGAAAAAAUUGUCUGCCCUGACCCUGGAACAUUGUCAGUUCCAAAUGGAAUAGUCUCAAGUAAUACUGUGGUUGAAUAUCAAGAUAACAUCAAGUAA